UUUUGGUUAGUGGUGGGCUCUUACAUCCCUCAAAUGACACCCUAUGAUAUGGUUUUUGUUCUAAAAGAAAAAAAUCUCCAUGACACAGCCAAACAUCAUCUUUGCACACACCAAGUCUGAAACAAUGGACACAUCACAGACGCUUUCCUUAGCCAUGUGUAUAAGAAAUGUGAAAUUUCCAAAUACUUUUUGGCAAGAGCUAAGAUUUGACUCUGUUCGACAACUCUUUGUAAAACUCAACAAAUUAAAAUUGGUUCAUCACCACAAUCUUCAAUGUAUACAAUCGAGGAUGUGGCAAGUCGCAGGAAAGGCGUUCCUUGAGUCCGCUCCAAUUAUCUGAGUUGAAUUGACGACUGCAGGAGAUUUAUUAGAAAACUAUGAGGUAAUAUCCAAUACGGAAACAGAUGCUUGUCAAGAUUACCGUCCAGGUCGUCAUUAACCAAGGGGGACGGGCCGAGUUUUCACCUCAAAUAUGUAUCUGGGAGGCGUCAGACGUUUUUCAUUUAUUAUUGUAUGGCUUCGUUCCUUUAAUCAGAUGGAUGUAUCAAAAAAGAUCUACUGGAAAAAGAAGCCAGGGAACUUUUUCUUGGAAUUAAUGACAUAGCAUUCAAUCCGUAAACUGAUGCGUGUCAAGAGAGACUUUCCAGGCUGUGUCCAAUAACAUGUCUGCCUUAUAUUUAGCCUCAUUGAUCUGAACAUAUAUACGGAUAUAUUUCUCUUCAUUCAUUAGAUGAAGUCCGUAGUGACUUUUAAUAUAUUAUGUCUCAGUACG